AAUCCGGCACUCCACAGUUAAUUACAUCGUCGUAUGUUCAAAAAAAAAAAAAAAGGAAGAUUUCGUUGGGGAAAGUCAACUUGGCGCCCUUCUCAGCUCUGCUAACUUGGAGGCUUGCAGCUAGCUAUGAGGUUUUUUUUAAUCCAUCUCGAUCUUGAAGUUAGCUGGUUUUUCAUUUUCUGAGAUCCAUAACUAAUCAGAAAAGAAUGAAGUACGCCAUCAUUGCAAAAUUAUUCAAGAAAGCUGCUGUCUCUGUGUUUUUCGUUUUGUCUCGAAGAAACUCAGUUCAAGCUUCCUUCAGGAGUUUCCAAUAGUUUCGAAGAAACCCAGAUCGAAAAAACGGAAAACUCGAACUGGGUUUUGAAGGGUUUUCAAUUUCAAGCAUUGUUCAGGAAACACAGAUUCCCAGAGUUCAGGAAACUCCGAUCUGUUUGCUGAGUUGUUGUUGUUUCCUGCAAAUCUGUAUAGGGGAGUGAGUGAUGGUGAAGGAGGAGGAGGAGGUUCUCGAUCCCUCGGGCGAUACUACAUACGAAAGUGAACCGAAAAAAGGGUGCUGUGAUGCUCUCUGUACUCCAAUACAAUGGUUCAAAAUGCUGUGUGUGGAAUUGCAUUGGAGUUUUGUAUGGGGGGUAGUUGUUGUUUAUGGAAUACGUCAGGGACUGGGAGACGCUCUUUCUCGCAUCGGUACGGAGUACUACAUGAAGGAUGUGCAGAAGGUGCAGCCUUCUGAAGCCCAAUUUUACCAAGGAAUUAUCUAUAUUCCUUGGAUUGUCAAGCCUAUCUGGGGUCUCCUCACUGAUGUUCUCCCCAUUUUCGGGUAUCGAAGACGGCCUUAUUUCAUUUUUGCUGGUUCUAUUGGUGUGAUCUCGAUGCUCCUAAUAUCGUUCCACGAAAAGCUGCAUCUCGCACUUGCCAUCUUGGUAUUAACAGGUGGAAGUGCUGGAGUUGCUAUAGCAGAUGUCACCAUAGAUGCCUGUGCGGCAAAGAACAGUAUCCUUCACCCUUCACUUGCAUCAGAUAUCCAAAGUCUGUGUGCCUUAACUGAGUCCAUUGGGGCACUUGUCGGAUUCUCCAUUAGUGGUAUCUUUGUUCAUCUUAUAGGCCCUAAGGGAGUUUUCGGCCUGUUGGCAAUCCCAUCAGGACUUGUAGUUGUAGUUGGAACUCUGCUUGAUGAACCUCGCUCACCCAAAUUUUCCUUCACAUCGGUCGGUCAGAAGUUUAUUGAUGCUGGAAAAGCCAUGUGGACAACAUUGAAAUGCCCUGAGGUAUGGAGACCUUGCUUGUACAUGUACUUAUCCAUUGCAUUGAGCUUGACCAUCCUCGACGGAAUGUUCUACUGGUAUACAGACGCGAAGGAUGGCCCAUCUCUCUCUGAGGAGAAUGUCGGAUAUAUAUUCUCGAUAGGUUCAGUUGGUUCACUAUUGGGGGCAGUACUCUAUCAAAAUGUUCUGAAGGAUCAUCCUUUCCGGGACUUGCUCUUCUGGACUCAGUUGAUAUACGGGUUGUCAGGAACAUUAGAUUUGAUGCUCGUUUUGCGAUUGAAUUUGAAGUUUGGCAUACCUGAUUAUUUCUUCGUUGUGAUUGAUGAAAGUGUAUCUCAGAUGAUAGGAAGGCUCAAAUGGAUGCCUCUCCUUGUGCUUAGCUCAAGGCUUUGUCCCUCGGGAAUUGAAGGAACUUUUUUCGCUCUGCUAAUGUCAAUCGAAAAUGUUGGAGUUAUGUCAGCAUCGUGGGGAGGAGGCGUCUUACUGCAUGCAUUGAAGGUUACAAGGACAAAAUUUGAUAAUCUCUGGCUUGCCAUUCUGAUUAGGAACUUGUUGAGGUUAACUCCUCUCUUUCUGCUGUUUUUGGUACCCAAAUCUGAUGCGAGAUCCGCCAUUCUUCCAACAGAAAUUUUGAACACGAAAGGGGAUAUUGAAACUACAGAAACAGAGAACAUUGAAUUGGUCUCCCUUGUAAAGAGAGUUGAUGGUAGAUAGCUCAACAAAAAUGAAAAAAACAUUUCAUCUCCAAAUCAUUUUUUGUUUUGUUUUCAGAAACACAUUCAGCUUGCAGAUUGAAUUUCGAUAUC